AUGGAUAGAUUUCGAUCAGUACGUGUAACCAAUGUUCCAAAAAGAACGAAACAUCAUUCAUCAUCCAAAGUCGUACCUAUCAAUGAUAAACGACAAUAUAAAAACAUUGAUAUUGAAUCAUCACCUUCUAUGGCACCAUCAACUAUUUCAAAUCAUACUUUUCAAUUCUCAUCUAGAGCAAUGUCUGCAAUGCGAUUAACGACAAGUGAGACACAUAGAUCGAAUAUAUUCUUGUCAAAUUCAGUGCCUUCUCUCGAUGUUGUCCAACGAUCGAUGAAAAAGGAUGUCAAAGAUUUACGAAAAGAGAAUAAAGACAAAAAGAAAAUAUUUCCAAAAACAUGGAUUAUAAUUAUUGUGACUCUAUUCAUAUUGAUCACACUUGCCGUUAGUAUUUAUCUGAUUAUUCAUUUUACUGGUAAAACAACAAGUACGACCGAAGUUGUUACUCCUUCUCUUCGUUGGAACACAACAGGGAUAACUGUUGCUGGUGUGGGAGGUUCACCGGGAAAUAAUUCCAAUCAACUUAAUACUCCUGCUGAUGUAUCAGUAGAUUUUUCAAAUACACUUUAUAUAGCUGAUUACGGCAAUAAUCGAAUACAAAAAUGGCUGAACGGUGCAUCAGACGGUAUCACAAUUGCAGGGCAAGCCAGUAGAAUAUCCGGUUCAAAUGCGACUGAUCUCCUACAUCCAGGUGGUGUACUUGUUGAUUUAACUGGAAAUAUUUAUAUAGCAGAUACCAAUAAUCAUAGAAUUCAAUUAUGGGCAAACGGUGCGUUGUCCGGAGUGACAAUUGCGGGAACAGGUAAGCCUUCAGCACUAAUAGAAAUGCAUAUUAUAGUUUAUUCAUCAAGAUCAAUUCGAAAUAUCUUUAUAAUACUAUAA